AUGGCACGAGCGAUGACUGUGACCAAAACUCGCAACGUGCAGGAUGAUGAUACUAUUUCCUUCCCCGUGUUAACCUAUACCGACGCCGAGCCUCGUCAUGAUCUUCAAGAUAUUCACAUCAGUGGAUCCCAACACCAUUCGAAUGAAAAUGUCACGCAGUGGGACUUUCCACGACCCAAAGCGGCAGAGGGACGAUCAUCCAGAAAACCCCCGCCACCCUCUAUUGGCGCUACAUUCGACUUUCAACUUACUGCCCCACCAGACGAAAUCAUUCCCUUGAGCGCCCGUUCGGCCCGGAGCCCGAUCGGUCUUCAUACAAUAGGCGUCGCAUUGGGGAGCCCGGGAAUCCUGGGUUCUCAUAAUGAACUUCCUCCACCAAGAUUCAAUGCAUCGGUUCAUAGAUCAGAACAAUCACCUCAGCUAGGCAAGUCGAGAUGGAAGAAGAUCGGCGGGCUAUUCAAAGCGAAGAACGCAUUAGCGCUACCCACCACCAACGCUGAUGGUACAACGGUUAACGGCGAAGUUCAUUCGAAGGACAAAGCGAAUACAAACCCGAAUAAAACAAAAAAGGAAGAAGCAACUGAGGAGUGGCCAAAGAUAGAAGUUGAGUCUAAAUCUUCCGGCGACAAGAAUACACCGGCAAAGCGGAGCAGGAAGUUUUCUUUCUCGAACAAGAAAAGCUUCAAAGAGAAGAACGGCGACGUCAGUCCUAUGUUGGAACUCAACAUACCCGAUGUGCAGAUGGAGCGAUACAGCGUCAUGUUUAGCAAUGUCAUGACGAAGAACCAGAGACCCUCACUGCUGGCCAGGAGGAGUAAGACUCUGGACCAUCUUCGCGUCCCCAGCUCCAAUGACUUCAUAACAACAAGCAAAGCACCACCCGUUCCCCAACGCCGAGCGACCUCCCCAGCGCGAUCUAGUUUCACUCUUUUCCCUACGUCGCAACCAUCAAAGGCCGCCCAAGUUCUCGGCACCCAAAACUUCUCUCGUGGUCCCAGUCCCUUAAUGAGAUCCAAUACGCUUCCCGUGGAGAGCCCAUCCAAAGUGUCGCAUGAUCAGCCACGCCCAUUCGCUAAUAAUAAUUCUCUUUCCUCGUUCGAAUCACCAGUCAUUGCCAAUUUGUUUACGGAAAGUUGCAAUACACCACAGUCAUAUAAUGGAUCCAUCCGAAGAGACGAGAAGCCUCUUCCAGCUAUUAAGCCUGAGCGACCUGCUGCUCCACCACGCUCGCAAACUUCUUCACCCCAAGUUCCGCCGAAACCAAGCCAGGCGCCAACACAUACGAAUAAUCUCAACACAAAUAAGAAGCCGACCGAACAAAAGCACAGCCGGAGUCAUCAACAACCAACUGAGAUCCGACACAAGACUCACCCAACUGAUAUUCGCCCAACUGAUAUUCGCCCAACUGAUAAAGCCCGACCGGCUCCAAUUGUCAAAAGCAGCCAUAAAACACCCCCAAAGCCGCCAGCAAAGGACAGCACCAGCGUCUCCCACAAACCAUCACCGACCAAUAUCCCCAUCAAGAGCAAAUCAAUGGACGAUGUUUCCCGCAUCAACUCGCCCGCGAAGAUAGCACCUCAACUAACUGUGAGAACUCCUUCCAAGAUCGCCGCCGGUCUAGUCAUCACAGAACGCGAGAUCAAAUCCCCAGAGUCUUAUACGAACAAAAAACUACCGAAAAUUGAAGUUUCAACGGCAAGGUCUAUUUCUGUAUCCAAAGGAAGAAAGCAGAUGCUUGUUCCUAUCGCAUCGCGAGUGGACCAAUUACAUCCUAGCGAGCGAUUGGUUGAACGGCGAGCUAUGACACCAACGAUCACGGAUGUACAGUAUGGACAUCGGCAUGCUGUUUCACAGGAGCUGCAAAUUGAGUCGAUGUGA